AUGAAUUUGUGCGAUGGUUUUUAGGGUCGUGCUCCUUGGACAGUUGGCAGCUCACACGCAGCGGGGAACAGAAGUUUCUUUCUCCUAUAUAAAAUAAAACCCCACCCGGACGUCCAAAAAUCAGCAUCUUAACUAUCUUUUAUUUAAUUUGAGUACUAUAAUUAAGAGCCAAAAAGCCCUUCAGUUUCACUACUCAGAAAGCAAGAAUCAUGACUACUCUUCCAGAACUUGAUGGAAAGGUGAAAGAGUUGAAGGAGUUCGAUGACACCAAGGUUGGUGUAAGAGGACUCCUGGAUUCCGGGGUGGCAAAGAUCCCCAGAAUUUUCAUCCGUCCACCGGAGAGUCAUGAUCCAGAGGCUAACAAAACAACGGGAGCUGAUGGCAGCAACAGUCCCCUCCCGCCGGUUCCCACCAUAGACCUUCAGGGCUUUGAUAUCCCAUCAAGAAGGGCCGAAAUUGUUGAUGAAAUUAGUCAGGCACUGGGGGCCUGGGGUUUCUUCCAAAUGGUCAAUCAUGGGAUUCCCACGGGUGUGUUGGACAACUUGUUGAGAAGCACCAGGGAAUUUCAUGAGCAACCCGAGGAAACGAGGAUGGAAUUCUACAGCCGUGAUCCUGCGAGGAAGGUGAAAUAUUACUCCACUGGGGAUCUUUAUCUAACGAAAGUUGCUCAGUGGAAAGAUACCCUCUCCUGCGAUUUCGACGAUACCAGUAAAAUCGACUUGGAAAGCUUCCCUGAGAUUUGCAGAAACGAAAUUGGUGAUUAUCUGAAUCGGUUGAAUGGAUUGAAAAACCUGCUGGCUGAGUUAUUGUCCGAAGCUCUGGGCCUAUCCAGGGGCCACCUUGCCAGUUUGGAGUGCUUCGACAUCCAGAGACUCCUAUGUCAUUAUUAUCCACCAUGUCCCGAGCCUGACUUGACCAUAGGCAUAAUGAAGCACUCCGACCCAUACAUCCUCACAAUCCUCCUGCAAGAUGACAUCGGUGGUCUCCAAAUCCUUCACAAGAACCGAUGGCUGGAUGUAACUCCUGUUGAAGGAUCCCUUUUGGUAAACGCUGGAGAUCUGUUGCAGCUGAUUACCAACGAUAAGUUCACAAGUGUGGAACACAGGGUGAUAGCUAAAAGAGUCGGUCCAAGACGCUCAGUUGCAUGUUUCAUUUACCCAAGAAACAAGAAUCAAUCCAAGCCGUACGGGCCAGUGAAGGAGCUUCUAUCCGACAGGAACCCGCAGAUAUACAGGGAAACCAGCUUCAAUGAAUACAUCAGGUAUUAUGCUUCUAAAGGUCUUGAUGGUGUCAAAGCGCUUCCUCACUUCCAUUUGACAAGUGCAGACAGCUAGGUACAAAUUAAUUCUAGAGAGUGAUCCGAGACAAUAGUGAAGUUUUGAGUUUGUAUUGGCAAAUGACUAUGUACCAGCAACAAAAAGUGGCACAAAAGGAUGAUGCUAAAAAUUGUGCCAAGCAUGAUCUAUGAUGUUAAAAAUUGAGGCAAGCUCACCAUGCAAUUGUUGAGGAUGUCAUGUCUUAAUUAAAGUGCUGGUUUCUUUAUCCCUUCUUUAGCUUCUA